UCCCACUCGGUGGGAGCGCCGCGGGGGCUGCCGGGAACGCUGCGCCAUGCUGCUUUUCUGUCCGUGCUGCGGGAACGGCCUGAUAGUGGAAGAGGGACAACGUUGCCACCGCUUCGCCUGCAAUACCUGCCCGUACGUGCACAACGUCACCCGCAAGGUAACAAAUCGGAAGUACCCAAAGCUGAAGGAAGUGGAUGAUGUGCUUGGGGGAGCAGCUGCCUGGGAGAAUGUUGACUCCACUGCAGAGCCGUGUCCCAAAUGUGAGCAUCCCCGUGCCUAUUUCAUGCAGCUGCAGACACGUUCCGCGGACGAGCCGAUGACCACGUUCUACAAAUGCUGCAACACUCAAUGUGGCCAUCGCUGGAGGGACUAGGACACCCCGAGUGGGUUCUCAGCUGUGAGUGCCAGCUUCAUCCUGAAUUUCUUGGCUGGUGUGACAGGAAAUGCUCCCUCUCUGAGUUAGUGCUGUCCACACUGACAUCUGGGAGGUGGUAUGGCAGGCAGCUCCCUCUCCUGGAUGUACUGUUUCAGGUUCUGGUCACCUUGGGCAUGUGCUGGGCAGUUGGCAUCCUUGCCAUCAGCUAAUACUCUUAAACACUACUCUGGUGGUCUGGGAGGUGGCACAGUGAUAAGGCUUUGGACUCUCAAGCAUGAGGUCCUGAGUUCGAUCCCUGGCAGCACAUGUGCCAGAGUGAUGUCUGGUUCUUUCUCUCUCCUCCUAUUUUUCUCAUGAAUAAAUAAAAUCUUUAAAAAACAAAACACUACUCUGUUCGCACAGUCAGUAAAGCUAAGUGCCAGUUUA